UUUUGUUUUUUGUUUUUUUUUGCAAAUAAAAAAUGCCCCAAGCGAUUUUUAAUUGUUUAACAACGCAAGCCCCAACGUGUGCGGGACGUGCAAUAAAUACUAUAUAUUAAAUGAUAUAGUGACCUCCAAGUGAAAGGCUUUAACCUAUAAGCUAUAACCAAUACGAAAUAAGAGUUACGCGCCGCAGAAUCCGCAACCAGACAGAUUUUCCACACCCCAUACCGCUCGCUGCCAACAACUCUUUCAAUUCGAUCUGUUGUCGUGUGCAGUUGUUUGUGUAGGAAUUACAACAUGAAUAAGUUCAAUUAAAGAUGUAAUAUGUGUAAUGUGUAAUCUGGUUGCGGCACAGAAACGACAGACGCACGCAAAGCAAUAACUACAAGUGUGUUCCCUCACAUCGGCAGUGUGUGCCACACCUGCACCAGCACCACCGCACCCUAGGAUCCCCACCUCCCCCCCACCAUCCCAUAAAGCCUCCCUCACUCUAGCGACUAGCCCUCAUUUGGAGCCUGGCGACGGAAGAAAUCAGGACAUGCAAAGAGCAUUCCAAUCCGCAGUGUGGGGUAUAUCUAAUGCUUCUACGCCAAUGGAUAGACCUCUAUCUGCUUUGUGGUGCGGCUGCGGCUGCCACUCUGCUGUUGCCGCUGCCGCUGCUGCUGCUGCUGCUGCUGCUGCGACUGCUGCAGCUGUGCCUCAACUUGUUGUGCCACUAACGUAACGCAUCACAUUCAGUUUGCAAUUAUCAACAAAGCGCGCGCCUUCACCCGGCUAAAUCGUAGUGCCAACCGCAAGGAAAUCUCUUUGGCAUGGCCAUAAAUAAUACAAAAUUUUGUUUUUUGGGUUUAUUGCCUCCACAUCUUAUGUGAAAAUAUACCAAUUUUGAAUACUGAAAUGCUGCUGACACGACGCCUACGUUAUCUCUUUAAGAUGUCACUGGCCGUGUCGCUGCGCCGGGCUCUUCUGGUGCUCCUCUCGGGCGCCAUCUUCAUCCUCACCGUGCUGUACUGGAACCAGGGUGGCAGCAAGACACAGGCGUACAGCGAGGCGUUCGAACGCCCCCACAGUCACAAGGACGGCUCCUCCUUUCCCAUACCCGUGGAGAAGUUUUGGACAUACAAAUGCGAGAAUGACCGAUGUAUGCGGGUGAGCUAUCAUCCUGCGAAGACCGGCAAACGUGUCUCCUUCAUCACCUGCUCAAUGACCUGCGGGUACGUCAACAUCUGGCCAGCACCGACCGUCAAAUCAUUGGUCAGCGCCCACACAACCAGCUUCUCGGUGGAGGUUGUGCAACUGGAGCAGGACACACCGCAUCGGGAGGUGCGGAAGCAGCUGCAGCUGGCCUUUGACUGUUUCCUCAAGGAUCUUCGCCAGAUCCAGAGACUGGACUACGCUACCAGUCCACCUGAGACGGGCGAAAGUGAAUCCUCAUCGUGGGCAUCGCAGAACGAUGUGGUAGGAGCCGCUGUUUCUGGGGAGAGGCGACCAGGUGUUCUGGAGAGUCUGGUGGUGAAGAUCAACGUGCAAAAGUCCGGAGAUGUCAGCUUCAGCCUGGAUAACGAUGAGAGCUAUGAGCUGACCGCCAUCACGGAAGGCCACCGCCUGCAGGUGGAGAUCACGGCGAACUCGUUCUUUGGGGCCCGCCACGGCCUGUCCACGCUGCAGCAACUCAUCUGGUUCGACGACGAGGAUCACCUGCUGCACACGUACGUCAACAGCAAGGUGAAGGAUGCCCCGAAGUUCCGCUAUCGCGGCCUGAUGCUGGAUACCUCACGCCACUUUUUCUCGGUGGAGGCGAUCAAGCGAACGAUCGUGGGAAUGGGUCUGUCCAAGCUGAAUCGCUUCCACUGGCAUCUGACAGAUGCGCAGAGCUUUCCGUAUAUCUCGCGCAACUAUCCGGAGCUGGCCGAGCACGGGGCCUACUCGGAGGGCGAGACGUACACGGAGCAGGAUGUGCGCGAGGUGGCCGACUUUGCCAAGAUCCAUGGCGUGCAGGUGAUACCGGAGAUCGAUGCACCGGCCCAUGCCGGCAAUGGCUGGGACUGGGGGCCCAAGAGGGGCAUGGGCGAGCUGGCCGUGUGCAUCAAUCAGCAGCCGUGGAGCUUCUACUGCGGAGAGCCACCGUGCGGGCAGCUUAAUCCGAAGAACAACCACACCUACCUCAUACUGCAGCGCCUCUACGAGGAGCUGCUGCAGGCGACGGGGCCCACGGACCUCUUUCAUCUGGGCGGCGACGAGGUGAAUCUCGACUGCUGGGCCCAGUACUUUAACGACACGGAUCUGCGGGGCUUGUGGUGCGAUUUCAUGCUGCAGGCGAUGGCCAGGCUGAAGCUGGCUAAUAAUGGUGUGGCCCCCAAGUAUUUGGCCGUCUGGUCGAGCGCCCUGACCAACACCAAGUGUCUUCCAAACAGUCAAUUCACGGUGCAGGUGUGGGGCGGCAGCACUUGGCAGGAGAACUACGACCUUCUGGAUAAUGGAUACAACGUGAUCUUCUCGCACGUCGAUGCCUGGUACUUGGACUGCGGCUUCGGCAGCUGGCGAAGCACAGGAGAGGCCGCCUGCUCCCCCUAUCGCACCUGGCAAAACGUCUACAAGCACCGGCCCUGGGAACGCAUGCGUCUGGACAAGAAGCGGCGCAAGCAGGUAUUGGGCGGCGAGGUCUGCCUGUGGACGGAGCAGGUGGACGAGAAUCAGCUGGACAAUCGGCUGUGGCCCCGUGCCGGUGCCCUGGGCGAGCGCCUGUGGUCGGAUCCCAGCGAUGAUCAUGAUCUGGAUAUUAUGGCCCCGGAGGUGUUCCGCCGCAUCUCGCUGUUUCGCACCCGUCUCGUCGAGCUGGGCAUCAAGGCGGAGGCCCUGUUCCCCAAAUAUUGUGCCCAGAAUCCUGGAGAAUGCAUUUGAUACUACCUUUAAGAUGAGUAAAUCGCAAUCCAAACACCCCCGAUCCCCCAAUACUCCCGAAAUGUGCGUUAGUUAGUUUAUAGCGAAUUGUUAUUUUAUAUAAGAAAGGAAGAAGGACGCGAAAGAUACACCCAAGCUUCGCAGAAGUUGUGCGGCAGUUUACAGGAGUAGCAGGAAGCGACUUUAUGAAAUGGUUUCUGGCAUAAACCAUGACUCGAAUUUCUUUUCGAUAGAAAACACAUUCACACACCCACACCCACACACAUACUUAGUACAAUUCAAAUCGAAUUAUAGCGCACACAUUAUAUAGACAGACAUACAUACAUACAUAUGUAGAUCGGAUACAGGCAGACAUGACCGAUAUAGGGAAACGAUUACCAUUAAGCGUUCAUAGUUUUUAAUUGUAGAUUUCAUACGCAUCAAUACACACACUCACACUCACCACCACAUACAGACAGAGGACUAAAUUCUACAUGUAUGUAUACAUAUAGGCUUUUAAGUAUAUCUUAGAACCACUAGAAUUGAAAAAUGACAAAACUUUUUUGAUAUUUUGAACAAGCUUUAUUCGCAGAACAUCAAUUAUUAUGUUUAAGGUGACAGCAAAAUGAUAUUUCUACCCACUUGUUUCUUACAUUACUUUUGAUUUCACUAAUUUCACUAUUUUUGUUUUACUCUAAGUUUUAAUAAGAUUUAAAUUAGAUUUUCAGUGAUAUAAACAAUGUGACCUUAAGAAAAACUAAACAAAAAAGGAAAAAAACAAAAUGCUAAAACGCAAGAAACUUAGAAUUUAAAACAAUUAUUAACAAUUAAUCGUUACGAAAAAACUUUUUGCACGCAUUGGCACAUAUUUGAUAAAACUAGACAAUUAGUAGCUAAUUUUAGAAUGUAUACUAAAAUGGGUCAAAUGGUUGGGGCCACCUUCACAGUGUUUUGGGUUUCGUUUUCUUUUCGCUAUAUCUACAUUCGGAAUGACGUUAAUUCCCCAUGUUACCAACAUGUUUUCGUACUUAAUAUAGACUUUUGGCAUCAGAUCGGACCAUCAUAAAUCUCUUUUAGUUUAACCUUAACUUUUGCUGUAACUUCAAGUCAUGUUCGAAAAUAAACUAAAAGUCAAAGUAAA